AUGCUCAGCCCAUUCCCACACUUCUCAUCUCCUCCCCACUUCGAUCUUGACCAUCCUUGGGCAGUCAUAACCACGUCGGCCCCCCCUCUCCUUCUGUCUUGGCUUGAUCUCCUCGUCACCGUGCUGAUCAUUUCGAUGAACGUGCCAGAAUUCCCCCAAAUUGAGUACCCUACUCAAAACAUCCUGUUCCUUCCACGCCUGUUUGAGGGGCUCUUGGACACCAUUCUCUGCCUUGAGGGCAAGGAGCCACUCUGGUGUUACUAUCUUGUCUCCACCGACAACUUCAUUUGCGACGGCGCUCCCUCACCGACCAGCUCCGGCGAAGAAUGGGGUGCAUUUUUUGCCAAUCUGAAAGAUCAGUCAAUCAUGUCAGCUCACACUAUGGGCCUCUGCAGCCACUUCGUUACUACUGCGGUGCAAACGGUCCUCGACCGAUACACUUUGUUCGCCAAGCUCGACUGGCUACCGUGGUUGUCUUUCAUGAACAUCGAUCGGAUCGCCCUACUAAAGUGCUUGUCUCUUGUGAGCGAGCCUGUAUGGACCCUGGCGGCUGCCAAGUUGGCUUUCAAUGAGCUAUAUAUCAAAGCUUUAGAGUGA